CUUCACCGCGGCUCCGGAUCCAUCCGCACCCUCAGAAGUUUCUGGAUUUUUAAGGGUCUGAGGUCCCACACUAAGACUACAGGACCCCUUUGCCCCCUGGAAGAGUGAUCGGAGAGGAGAAAGUUCAAAAUGCAGAUUUUUGUGAAGACCCUGACUGGCAAGACCAUCACCCUUGAGGUUGAGCCCAGUGACACCAUUGAGAAUGUGAAGGCCAAGAUCCAGGACAAGGAAGGCAUUCCCCCCGAUCAGCAGAGGCUGAUCUUUGCUGGCAAGCAGCUGGAAGACGGACGCACCUUGUCUGACUACAACAUCCAGAAGGAAUCCACCCUCCAUCUUGUGCUGCGCCUGAGGGGAGGCAUGCAGAUCUUUGUGAAGACCCUGACUGGCAAGACCAUCACCCUUGAGGUUGAGCCCAGUGACACCAUUGAGAAUGUGAAGGCCAAGAUCCAGGACAAGGAAGGCAUUCCCCCCGAUCAGCAGAGGCUGAUCUUUGCUGGCAAGCAGCUGGAAGACGGACGCACCCUGUCUGACUACAACAUCCAGAAGGAAUCCACUCUCCAUCUUGUGCUGCGCCUGAGGGGUGGCUGUUAAGUUAUUGUGCAUCUUGCUUGACAAGAUUGCCAAUGGCACUUGUGUUUGCACUGUAGUUUAAUGUCUUAAGUUAAAUGCAAGGUUAAUGCAAGCUUAAGUAACUGCUGAACAACUGUCUGUUGAAAUGCUAAUAAAGUUUUCUGUUGCACAUUACAACUUGUGGUCUGUCUUGGUUCAAGCAAGUAAAACUGGUGUAUUUAAGUGAUGUGCUUACUUUGGCUUUCUUCCAUGGCAGUUUAAGCCUCUUUGCAUGUAUAAUGAGCACCUUGUGGAUGAAACAUACCUGGAUUAAAGUCUUAA